AUGAGUCUAUGCAUCUACUGUUGCUCCCAUAGACCAGUGCUCACAAUAUUUCCUAGGGAACAUUUUAUACCUGCAACAUAUGCUAUUAUGCAGAUACCAUCGACUCUCAUAAUUCAAAAAGUCCGACCGAGCUACUGGCUAGGUCUCAUGGAAGUUGGCUGGGGAACUUUUACUUUUGCACAAGCUGUAAUGCACAGUGUUCCACAGCUGUUACGCCUUUCGCUUUCUGGUUGGGCUUUUCGAAAGUUCAUUGUUCCCAUGUAUGCUUUUUAUACUUGGCUCGUGGUAGGUAAGCCCUAUCAUGAAUUCUCAAACCAGAAACUAACAAUAAAUCAACACAGGUAUACCAAGACUGAGCUCGCGAAGCGUAUUGCUAUAUUUCACAUGACUGCCCCGCUCGGAACAGCGUUUAGCGGUUAUCUGCAAGCUGCGGUUUACACAAAUCUUAACGGACGCCAUUGGCUUGCGGGCUGGCGAUGGCUCUAUAUUGUGUGUGGGAUCAUGACUCAUCCCGUUGGGUUUGCAACAAUAUUCCUUCUCCCUGACACACCACAUACCACUCGCACCCGGUACUUAACAAAACACGAAUGUGCCCUUGCGAUUGAACGAGUCGAAAAGCCGGAAAGACAGCUCCCGUACCAAUAA